GUGUAAUACAUCUUUAAUACAUCCCCAUCAUGAUAGUCCGACCCAAGAGACUUCCACCUCUGCCCCUCUAUUUAAGACUCUCAAUACCCUCCAGGCAACUAUCUUCUCAACGAAUUACAUCUAUUCCCCAUCAGAAAUUAUUUACUAAGCGUGUCAGUCACGAAUAUUUCAGAAACAUGUCUCAAACCGUAAGCGCUCGAAACAUGAACGAUAUAAAUGACAUGAACCAUUAUGCACGAAGCUAAUCACGAGAACAAGACCAAAAUCGAAUAUCAGAAAGAUGGUCACUUCACCAGGCCAGCCAGCACAUUCCGUAACUUCGUCUCCGCAGACCCUAACUCUCAGUUCCCGGCUGAGAAAGGUCGCUAUGCGCUGUACAUAUCUCCGGGUUGUCCAUGGGCGCACCGCACUAUAAUCGUGCGCGCCCUCAAACGCCUCGAGGAUGUCAUUGACUUGUACAUUUUGAGUCCGUCUAUGGGUGAGAAGGGCUGGUUCUUCGACGGCGCCCACGGCACUCUCCCUAAAGACCCCUUGUACGGCUUCACAUAUUUACGGGAGCUAUACUUUAAAGCAGACCCCGACUUCAACAGUAGGUUUACUGUACCCGUACUAUGGGACAAGAAGGCCGAAACCGUCGUCAACAAUGAAUCGAGCGAGAUCAUCCGCAUGCUCUACUCCGAGUUCGACGCCUUCAUCCCGGAGCAGUUUAGGGAGGUGAAUAAGCCCGGUGGGGGCCUGUACCCGGAACACCUCCGGAAAGAUAUCGACGAGUUGAAUGAAUGGGUCUACGAUACGGUAAACAACGGCGUGUAUAAGUGCGGGUUUGCCACGAAGCAAGAGUCUUACGACCAGAAUGUUUACCCUUUAUUUAAAUCGCUCGACCGGCUUGAAUCUCUUCUAGCCACCCAAGGGAAGCCUUUCUUAUUCGGAGAUCAUAUUACCGAGGCCGACGUACGGUUAUAUACUACUAUUGCUCGUUUCGACGUCGCGUAUUAUACCGUGUUCCUCUGCAACCUCAAGAGCAUCCGACACGACUACCCUCACCUGCACCUGUGGUUCCGUCGGCUGUACUGGGACGAGGGGAGCACAAUUACAGGUGGCGCAUUCCAUAAGACGACGGCGCCGUGGAUCGGUAUAUAUGGUAGCGGGUACGCGACCGCGAAGAAUAGGGUCACAAACAGUCAGGCUGAGGUCAUCGUGCCUAGGGGCCCGGCUGUGCUCGUCGAACCCCUAGCAGAGAGCGAGAAGUUGAAGUUGUAAUGGAAUUAUUAUAUGAUUGAAUAUAUAUGGAUGAUCUAACGAGGCAAUGAGGAUGUAAGACGAUAUUAAAGAACUGCAAGUCUUAUAAAUUGAGAUAUUUGGAUUCAGGGAUAACCAUAGCUGUCUGACUUACGAGACCUGUCAAAAACUGCAGUGCGACAUGUUACUACCUGAAUAAGAACUUAGCGGAUUUGCAACUGAA